AUGAUUCAAGGAACCUCGGCGCCGUUUGGAAAGCCUGUGAAAAGAUCUUUCACAGCACAUCAUAUUCGUAUGUUUCCAAUGUUUCACGACAUAAAUUCAGGAAAUCUUUGUGGGAUCGGCACCAAACUACACCAUAGAAUUGGCCGCGGCAGUGACAGUGAGAAAAAGGACAGCUACACAGAAAAUGUUGAGCUACUGAGAAGCUUAUCUCUCGCAAGUCCAAGAGGAUUUUUAUUCCGUUUAUACAAAAAUGAGCCGAGGAAAUCCCCAAGUCAGAAUGAAAUGAGAAUACGUUCAAAAUCUGAUCGUCGGGAAGAUUUGUAUACAGCUAUUGCGGUUGGCAAUGAUCAGCGAAGUGAUGUGUCUUCUAUUAUCCAGAAUAGCAUUUUGCAAAGAAGAAAUCUGGCGCUUAAAUCUGCAAGUAAACUUAAAGAGCUGCGCAUUGAGGGAGCAAAUAAAUUUACAGUAACUGCUGACAAUGAUUCUAAGAGCGAAUGUUUGGGUGUCCGCACGUCGUCCGGAAUUAGCUUGAAAGGAAGAAAGCAGAGAACGAAUCUUUCACCGCUGUUACCAAAACACCGCAGAGCACACGAUAGCUCAUUGCAACAGACAACAAAAUCCGUGAGUAAUAAAGUGUAUCCUUCGCUUAAGAUAAACUGUAAUCAGAUAUUUCCAAGGCAACCAGAAGAGAAAAUAUUUCAAAACCGAACGAAGGAAAAGCCCAGAGGAAGCGAUGACCAAAAAUGUGAGAGGGAAGCAAUUGACAAUGAAGACGCUAGAGUUUUUUCGAGAAGAACUCACAAAAAACGCACCAUAAAUGUAUUUCUCCCGAAUAUUUUAACGGACCAAGAUUUUUAA